UAGCUGUAGCGUUCGCUACAGUGGUGCGACGACGCUUUAGUGAGACCAGUUGGCUUACCAUUUAACCAACUUUAUAUAAAUUAUUUAGAUUACUAUUAAAACGUUAUUUUUUUAAACCAUUUAUUACGUUACUAUUUAACGAGUAUUUUUUUAAAUAAAUUGCGUAAAUCGUGUGUUGUAUUUUCAAAUAAACAAGUGUGUGGUUACCAAGAACACCUUCGACGAGUAUCUGUGACAGAUGGCAGGUCAGGAUCCAAAGUGGCAGAAAGAUGCCGCGGAUCAAAAUUUUGAUUACAUGUUCAAAUUGCUAAUUAUUGGUAAUUCUUCGGUGGGAAAAACGUCAUUUCUAUUCAGAUACGCUGAUGAUUCUUUUACGUCUGCGUUCGUCUCGACUGUCGGGAUUGACUUUAAAGUCAAAACUGUGUUCAGACAUGACAAAAGGGUCAAGUUACAAAUCUGGGACACUGCUGGACAGGAGAGAUAUAGAACCAUUACGACGGCCUAUUACAGAGGAGCGAUGGGAUUUAUUCUCAUGUACGACAUAACUAACGAAGAAUCAUUUAACUCAGUGCAAGAUUGGAUCACGCAGAUUAAAACUUACUCGUGGGAUAAUGCUCAGGUUAUUCUAGUCGGUAAUAAGUGCGACAUGGAGGAUGAAAGGGUGGUCAGUUUCGAGAGAGGUAAGCAGUUGGCCGAACAAUUGGGGGUACAGUUUUUCGAAACUUCCGCAAAAGAAAAUAUUAAUGUUAAGGCGGUGUUUGAACAACUGGUAGACAUAAUAUGCGACAAAAUGAGCGAGUCUCUCGACAAUGAUCCAGCAUUGAUGGCAGGCGGUGGCGGACAAGCGAAAGGACAGAAAUUAACCGAUCAACCAGCAAAUCCUUCGAAUCCCAACUGCAACUGCUAAAGACCUAACUAAAAUAAAUUAAAAUUCUAUAUAAAUAUAUAUA